CUCCAAUCCACAGAGAGAAGUCUCAACUCUUGAAAAACCUUCCACUCUAACCCCGAAACCGAAAUUCCAAAAUAUCGGAUACAAAUAUGUACGAACAGAGCACAACCCAGUCCGAUUUUGCCCUUCUGGAACCCAUUACAAGGCAUUUGCUGGGGGAAUCCGUGAGUCGGAGCUCCAGUUUUGGCAGCUUGUACCCUUGCCUCACGGACACCUGGGGCGAACUGCCGUUGAAGGAGAACGAUCCGGAGGACAUGGUGCUUUACGGCGUGCUCCACGACGCCGUCAACGUCGGAUGGGUUCCAUCACUUGCUCCGGGAUCCACUGAACGUUGCGAUUUCGUGUUUUCAACCGCUUCCGUGAAAUCCGAGCCCAAACUCUUAACGGCGGUGAAAUCGGAGCACGAAAGUUUAUCUCCGGUUUUGAAUAGGUUCCCGGAGGCUGCGCCGUCGAAGAAGGAGGCGGCGCCUGCAGUGGUUCCGGCGAAGGGGAAGCAUUACAGGGGUGUGAGGCAACGACCUUGGGGGAAGUUCGCGGCUGAGAUUCGGGAUCCGGCUAAGAAAGGCGCGCGGGUCUGGCUGGGCACGUUCCAGACGGCUGAGGACGCCGCGCUGGCUUACGACCGAGCCGCCUACCGGAUGCGCGGCUCCCGCGCUUUGCUCAACUUUCCGCUCCGGGUGAACUCCGGCGAGCCCGAACCGGUGAGAGUCACGUCGAAGCGGUAUUCUCCCGAGCCGUCGUCAUCGGUGUCUUCGGUUGAGAGCGGGUCGCCGAAGCGGCUGAAGGAGGCUGACAGCUCGGCAGCUAAAGCCCAAACCGGGUUGCAAGUGGGUCACCAAGUGGCAUCGUGUGCACGUGGGCAACAAAUACUGGUUAGGCAAUGGUGACAAAAGAAGAGGGACUUCUGAAUUAUCGAGAAGAAUAUUGUAAUUAUAUUAAUUAUAUCUUGGGCCAACCAUGCAAUUUGGGCGGUCCCAUAAAUUUUGGAAUAUGUUUGGGAGAAAAAUGAAAAAAAAAAUGGUGUAAUGAGAAAAAUUAAAAAUGGUUGUUUGGAUAUGUGAAUACAACAUUUUUUUUUAUUA